CUGGACCUGGCAGCAGAGGUAGGAGAGAAGAUUCAAGAGACAUCAGAGCUACAUGUGAGUUUUGACCGUCAUGUGUACUUCACCAACUUCACUUCCCUGGGCCUCAAAAUGCCUAUCUACCUGAACCUCAUUAGGGACCCUGUAGAAAAGAUGGUCUCAAGGUUCUACUAUGCCCGUGUGACCCCUCGCCCUGGUGCCAUGACCCCUCCUAACUACCACCCAGCACCUAUGCCACGCCAUGCCACCCUGGAGGAAUGUGUCCUCAGUGGCAGCGAAGAAUGUAACUUCCUCACUGGCCACCACUAUGACCUGACCAUCCCUUACUUCUGUGGCCACCAUGAAUACUGCAGAGAGCUAAACAAUGGUGCAGCUCUGAAACUUGCCAAGCAGAAUGUGGAGGAGUGGUAUCCAGUGGUGGGAGUCCUUGAGGAUAUUAAUGCCACUCUGACUGUGCUCCAGCGCCACCUCCCUCAAUAUUUUGCAAAUGUGGUUGACUUAUACUACAAUGAGUUAUUAGCUCCUCACCACAACAAGAAUCUCCAGCGCCCUACUACAUCUCCCGAGGUGGAGGCCACUCUGAGGAAAAACCUCUCACUUGAAUAUGAUUUCUACAACUUUGUGAGGCAGAGACUUAAUCUUCAGUACCAACAGCUACAGAUAAUAUAAGGUUACAACCACAAUAUUAAGUAUAAUUAUACAGUAUAUUCAAGUUAUUUACUCCAUAUUGUCAUUCAGUAUGUAAAGCAGGACUCUUGGAUGCAGAUUCACCCCCAAUGAUUUACUUCAAUCACUGUGCAUUGAUUAGACUAUUACAGAAGUAAACAGUUGUCAUUACCUACAGUUUAAUGUUCAGUGUGGUAGUUUUUAUCCAUUAUACAGUAGACCUUUAUUGUAUUGCAAAGACUGGGACCGAGAAUUACAGCACCAUGAAAUAUCUAAUCACGAUAUAGCUACUGUAACAGUCAAUAAAUAUGAGUAGGAUAUUUUGGGGGGAGUGGAUUGGAGCCCCUUGCUAUAAACUGACCCUCGGCCUCAGUUGCAAGCUUCGAGUGAACAACUAUUGUAAGAUAACGGGAAACUUUUGCUUGUUUUCAGCCGAUUGCUUGGCAUCAGUUGAUGAACGUGGUGGUCCAUUUGUAAAUAUUUCACUUCUCUGAGUAUACACAAUGUAAUAAAGGGGUUCAAUCGCACAAUAAAGAAAAGUGGGAAUAAUUUGGGGUACCACAAAAUAAUGAGAGUGAAGUAUUGAACUGUGAAAUAACAAGGGUCUACUAUACAAUAUUGAUAUUGACAAAAUAAUACACACUAUUGAGUUUUAAGCCAAUGACCUAAAGAAUACAUUAAUGUGAUCAAAAUUAGCAUACGACUCUCCUGACUAGUGAGAGAAGGGGGUGCAGGAACUUUGAUCGCGUAAUAUCUGGGCAGGAGCAGUCAGUGAUGUGUUCAGGAAGCUGGGGAAGCAGUCAUUGCUGAUGGAGUCAGGUUAUUAUGUCAAGAUCAUUCAUUUUGUAAAAUGGUUAAUUUUGAACACUUUAAUUUUUAUGUAUAGAAUCAGUGCAAUCAAGUGUAACUUUUACUCUAACAUAUGUACGCAUGAAUAUAAUUGUAAUCCAUGAAAAUAAUCAAAAUUGUAAUCAAAGUAUUGAAAGAAAUGUAAUCAUGACUGUACAUUAUUACUUCUCUAUACCGAAAUAAUUAGUGAACAGCCAAUUCGGUAUAGGGAGGUUUUCGGUAUAAAACAAAUUUGAAAAUUUUGUCCAAUACCGAAAUUUGUUAGAUAUACAGUACAGUAUAUGAAAAAGAUCAGUGAUUUUAUUCCAAAUAAAAUGUCACAAUACCGGAUUUUAUUGUUAUAUAAAAUAUACUGUAAUUUGGUAACACAAGACAAAAACAGCAUACAGCAUCUAUAUGAGUCUCUUGUGAGAGUUAAGGUAAAUAGUUUGUUAAUUUUUAUAAUAUCCGAGAUAGGAGAAUGAGUCCUAGGUUCAAAAAGUAAUAAAAAAUAAACAAAGAAAACUAAUGGAAUCCGUUAAGAAAGCAUCAACAUGGUUGUUUGUUUUGAUUUCAGCCAAUCAAACCAAAGUGCACAACUCAAAACAUAACACAUGCAGUGCCGGAUUUAGACCUGUGGAGGCCCAUGCAGCCUCUUUGUGGAGGCUCCCCUCAUUAUAACUACCCAAGAGGGUGGGGUGGCAACUGAAGCGAGCCUAAACCUCUGGGAGUUUCGGGGGGCGCUGUAAUCCCACCGGGAAAAUUUUGAAAUUUGAACACUUCUUUGGAGAAUUUUGAAGCCAUAUGCAGUUAUAUUGAGGAAAUUAGAACAUUGAGAAAUUU